AUGUCAGAUAUAUACAAUUUGAGACAGAAGACAUCUGCAAAAGGACCACCCACUAAUUUGGAAAUCCCUAUAGAGGUAAUUAGUGCAUCCAGAAAGAUAGAUGUAGUUCAAAGUAUUGACUCUUCAGAUGAUGAAUCAGCUACAAAGAAACUUUUAAGUCAUCAGGCAGCUGAAAAUGAAUUACUAAAGAAACACGUUGAAAGAAGGACUACAUAUACUCCUGAAAUAAUGCAUCAGCUGCAAGAAGAAAAUGAGUUACUCGAAAAACAACUUACAUCUACAACCCAAAUUAUGGAAAGUAUCACCAAGAAAUCAAUCAGAUUUGCAGAGAAACCUGUGGACUUAAUUGAAAUACCACAGCAACAAACUGUUGAUGUACCACAUAUUUCUGAAGUAGCUCAAAAGAGUUUUGGAAUAUUCAUUGCAGAAGAUGAAGAGGAAGGGUUGAUUAAUGAACUGACAAAUGUAAUUGAAUUGUUGAAAAAGCAGCUUAAUGAUGCAAAUAAAACAAUGAGUCAGCUACAAGAAGAAAAUGAAUUACUCAAAAAUCAGCCUGCUACUGCAGAAGUAGACAAUAAAAGGAUUUUUAAUGAAUUGAGAACUCGCACUGAAUCAUUGCAAAAACAGCUUAGUGAUGCAACUGAAAAAAUAGUUCAGCUGCAAGAAGAGAAUGAAUUACUGAAAAAACGACGAAAAACAACCCAAAUAAUGGAAAGUGUUCCAGUAGAAAUAAUCAAAUAUGUAGAGAAACCUGUGGAAGUAAUUAAAGAAUCACAGCAACCAACUAUUGAUAUAGCACAUAUUGUUGAAGUAGCUCAAAAGAGUGUUGGAACAUCCAUUGCAGAAGGUGAUGAUGAACUGACAAAUGUAAUUGAAGUGCUGAAAAAUGAGAUUAGUGAUGCAACUAAAACAAUGAGUCAGUUACAAGAAGGAAAUGAAUUACUCAAAAAUCAGCCUGCUAUAGCAGAAGUGGACAAUGAAAGGAUUUUGAAGGAAUUGAGAACUCGCACUGAAUCAUUGCAAAAGCAGCUUAGUGAUGCAACUGAAACAAUGGUUCAACUAAGAGAAGAGAAUGAAUUACUCAAAAAACGACGAAAAACAACCCAAAUAAUGGAAAGUGUUCCAGUAGAAACAAUCAAAUAUGUAGAGAAACCUAUGGAAGUAAUUAAAGAAUCACAGCAACCAACUAUUGAUAUAGCACAUGUUGUUGAAGUAGCUCAAAAGAGUGUUGGAACAUCCAUUGCAGAAGUUGAAGAGGAAAGGAUGAUUAAUGAACUGACAAAUGUAAUUGAAUUGUUGAAAAAGCAGCUUAAUGAUGCAAAUAAAACAAUGAGUCAGCUACAAGAAGAAAAUGAAUUACUCAAAAAUCAGCCUGCUACUGCAGAAGUAGACAAUAAAAGGAUUUUUAAUGAAUUGAGAACUCGCACUGAAUCAUUGCAAAAGCAGCUUAGUGAUGCAACUGAAAAAAUAGUUCAGCUGCAAGAAGAGAAUGAAUUACUGAAAAAACGACGAAAAACAACCCAAAUAAUGGAAAGUGUUCCAGUAGAAAUAAUCAAAUAUGUAGAGAAACCUGUGGAAGUAAUUAAAGAAUCACAGCAACCAACUAUUGAUAUAGCACAUAUUGUUGAAGUAGCUCAAAAGAGUGUUGGAACAUCCAUUGCAGAAGGUGAUGAUGAACUGACAAAUGUAAUUGAAGUGCUGAAAAAUGAGAUUAGUGAUGCAACUAAAACAAUGAGUCAGUUACAAGAAGGAAAUGAAUUACUCAAAAAUCAGCCUGCUAUAGCAGAAGUGGACAAUGAAAGGAUUUUGAAGGAAUUGAGAACUCGCACUGAAUCAUUGCAAAAGCAGCUUAGUGAUGCAACUGAAACAAUGGUUCAACUAAGAGAAGAGAAUGAAUUACUCAAAAAACGACGAAAAACAACCCAAAUAAUGGAAAGUGUUCCAGUAGAAACAAUCAAAUAUGUAGAGAAACCUAUGGAAGUAAUUAAAGCACCACAGCAACAAAGUCUGGAAAUACCACAUGUUGUUGAAGUAGCACCAGACAUAGACACUGGAAGGAUAUUUAAUGAACAGAGAAAUCAGAUUGCAUCAUUGGAAAAACAGCUUAGUGACGCAAUUGAAAGAAUGAGUCACCUACAAGAAGAGAAUGAAUUACUCAAAAAACAAUUAGAUACAACACAAAUUAAGGAAAGUGUUCCGAAAGAAAUCAUCAAAUAUAUAGAGAAACCUGUGGAAGUAAUUAAAGCACCGCAGCAACAAAAUGUUGAAAUACAAGGUAUUUCUGAAGUGGAACAACUGAUUGGUGGAACAUCUACUGCAGAAGCAGAAAAUGAAAGCACUCUUGAUGAACUGAGAAGUCAAAUUGAGUCAUUGCAAAAGCAGCUUAGUGAUGCAAAUAACAUGAUUAAAAGUCUUGAAAGUACCCUUAAUGAACUGAGAAACGAAAAUGAAUCAUUGAAAAAUGAGUUACUACAGCUUCAGGAUAUAAUUAGAAAGCUUACAGAUGGAAAUGAUGCUCUUAAAUCAGUGCAACUUAAAGAUGAAAUAUCAGCAUCAGUAAAACAAAUUCCUGCUGACAAAACCAUGGAGACUGUUCCACAGGUAUUGGCAGCUCCAGAACCAUCCUUUGUAGAGCCUGAAAGUGCAGUGGUUAUCAGACAGCUCAAAAUAGAGAAUGAGUCAUUGAGGAAAGAUCUUGAGGAUGCAAGAAAGGCCUUACAUCAGACAAGUGAUAAUGAAAGUGAAUAUGAGAAAACUAUUAUGGAGCUCAGUACUGAAAAUGAGCGACUACUAAAAGAAACUGAAGAGGCAAGAGUGAAGCAUCAAAGAGAUCCAGAUAGCACAAAAAUUAUUAAUCAGAUGAAUCAAGAAAAUGAAAUGUUGAGAAAACAGCUUGAAGAUGCACGAAAAUUGGCACAGAGUAGUCAAGAACAAGUUUUGUCUGAUGAAACUGAUGACACACAAAUUAUCAAUCAGUUAAGGGAAGAGAAUGAAUUUUUGAAGAGGAGGCAUGAGUCCUUAACUGAUAUUACAAGCAGCAGUGCAAAAGAAGUUGUGAAGUAUGUGGAAAAACCUGUGGAAAUAAUUAAAACAGAUAUAGAUAGUGACAAAAUUAUUAAUGAACUAAGAAAUCAGAAUGAGUCACUACAGAAGGAACUUAAAGAUGCAAAUACCAUUAGAAGGGAACUUGAAGAGGAAGUCAGGAAGUUCAAAGAUGGAAAACAGACACCAAUACUCCAGGCAGAGCAAAUUGCAUCAUUUGAUGAAAAAAACAGAGAGAAAGAGAUGAGUCAGCUUAUGGAAGAUAACAAGUUAUUGAACAAACAACUUCUUGAUGCAACAAGUACAAUAGAGGAUCUUACAGUGAAUGUCACUAAUCUCAAAGAUGAAAUCCAGAGACUUCAAUCUAGAAAAAUAUCUGAUCUGCCAUUGGCAAUAGAGGACCAUACCCAAGAAUUUCAGAAACUGGAGGCUGAACUACAAGCUCUCAGAGAUGAAAACAGACGUCUGCAUAGAGACAAUGAAAAGCUUACAUUAGAAGUAGAGAAUCUGACAGAAGAGCAUAUCCCAUCUGCAGUUGCACUGUGGAAAACUAAAGAGAAACAACUGGAAACAGUUGUAGGUGAAGAAAAGCGGCGCAUUACUUCUCUACUUUCAAAAAAGGGCAGGAAAGAACAUCCAGGAGAGGUCGCUGCCUGGACACGUGAGAGGGAACAUCUCCUAGAAACAAUUAGGCAGCUAACAAAAGAAGCAAAAGAAGCAAAAGAGGCACAUGAAGAGAAAGAAGAAAUGGAAGAUAGAAUGAAGUCGCUGCUGUCACAGAUAGAUGAAAUGAAGCAAAAAUUGAUGGAACAAGAAAGAGAAGCUGAAAUGGGUGGACCAGCUGUGCAGACUCUUCAGGAAGAAAACAACAAAAUUAGAAAUCAAAUGGAGUCUCUGAAUACAGAGCUUGAAGCUAUGCAACAGAGGCUUAAAGACCAAGAGGCAGAACUAAGUCACUUAACAGGGUUGCAAGAAGAAAACAACAAACUGAAAAAUGAUCUGUAUGCACUGCAAGAAGAAUUGGAAAGAUUGAAGUCUGUCGAACAGCAAGCUGGGCAAGGGCAGGCUAUUUUGGAAGAUAAUCAGAGACUGAAAGAUGAAAAUGAGAGCCUUCAGACAGAGCUCGAUUCACUUAAAAGAGAACUGGAAAGACUGAAGUCUGUUGAACAGGCAGCUGGACAAGUCCAAGCUCUUUCAGAAGAAAACCAGAGAUUGAAAGAUGAAAAUGAGAGGCUGCAGAUGGAGCUGGAUUCUUUGAAAGAUGACCUGGAAAAACUGCAGUUAGCUGGACAGGCAGCUGAGCAAGCCCAGGCUCUUCAAGAAGAUAAUCAAAAACUGAAGGAUGACAAUGAGAAACUGAAGGAUGACAAUGAGAGGCUUCAGAAAGAGCUGGAUUCUUUGAAAGAUGACCUGGAAAAACUGCAGUUAGCUGGACAGGCAGCUGAGCAAGCCCAGGCUCUUCAAGAAGAUAAUCAAAAACUGAAGGAUGACAAUGAGAAACUGAAGGAUGACAAUGAGAGGCUUCAGAAAGAACUGGAUUCACUGAAAGAAGAGCUGGACAAACUAAAGUCUGCUGAUAAGUCAGCCGAGGAAAAUCAGGCUCUCUUAGAAGAAAACCAGAAACAGAAGCAUGAUAAUGAGAGACUACAGAAAGAGCUGGAUUCACUGAAAGAAGAACUGGAAAAGCUUCGGUCUCAACCAGCUGAGCCAGACCAAGAUCUUUUGGGAGAAAUCCAGAACCUAAAGGAUGAAAAUGAGAGGCUUCAGAAAGAACUGCAGUCUCUGAGAGCAGAACUGGAUACAACUAAACAACAAGCAGGUGGAGAGGAUCAGAAUUUGCAGGAUGAGAUCCAGACACUGAAAGAAGAAAAUGAAAGACUCAAGGAUGAGCUACAAUCUCUGAAAGCAGAACUGGAUACAGCUAAACAACAAGCAGGUGCAGAGGAUCAGAAUUUGCAGGCUGAAAUCCAAAAACUGAAGGAAGAAAAUGAAAGACUCAAUAAUGAGGUGCAGUCUCUGAGAGCAGAACUGGAUGCAGCUAAACAACAAGCAGGUGCAGAGGAUCAGAAUUUGCUGGCUGAUAUCCAAAAACUGAAGGAAGAAAAUGAAAGACUUAAAAAUGAACUGGAUGCAGCGAAGCAACAAACAGGUGCACAGGAUCAGAAUUUGCUGGAUGAGAUUGAGAAACUGAAAGGAGAAAAUGAACGACUUAAGAAUGAAGUUGAAGAAAAAGCAGAACAGAUGAAGAAAUUGGAAAGUGUGUCAAAAGAAGCUGGUGAGAAACCAGACCUUAGUAAGGAAAUAGAAUCUCUGACAGAACAAAUUAAGCAACUUCUGUCAGAAAAAGAGAAACUUGAAAAUGAACUAAAAGAUUAUAUAGAAAAGAACAAAAUUCUGGAAGACAAAUUAAAGACAUAUGAAAGUGCUGAUGAUGCAACAAAGGCCUUACAAGAUGAACUUGAAGCCCUUAAAUCUGAAAACCAAAAACUUAAAGACGGUGGAUCAUCUGAGGCCGCACUACGUCAAGAAAUGGAAGCAGAAUGCGAAGAAAAGCUCGCAGCUCUUAGGAGUGAACACCAGAAGGAACUGGAACGACGUGAGCAGGUACACCGUGAAAACUUGGAGACAUGUCAGAUUGAACUAAAUGAACUGAAGGGAAAGUUACAAGAGAGUGACAAAACACUUCAGUUAAACUUGGAUAAGGAUAAGAAUAAGGACGAAUACGCAAAAGAGUACGAGGAUGAAAUUGCAAGACUACAAAAGCAAAAUGAUAUGCUUACUAAAAAUCUGAAAGCAGACUUAGAAGCAAAAAAUGCUGAGCUAGAUACGGCAAAAUUUGAAAUGAACAAGGAAAUUACUGAGCUAAAAAAACAACUCGAGAAGUGUAUAGGUGAUUGUGAUGGAUACAAAAAAGAAUUAAACUUACUUAAAGAGAAACUAAAAGGUUUCAAGUCUUCCAAAUCAGAAGUCGUCGUAGAAGUGACUAAGUCUGAGCCGCUUCCUACUGUGAAAGAGGAAAAACCUGAAAAGAAACAAAAGAAAGAGAAAGAGAAAAAGGAGAAAGAGAAAAAGGAGAAGAAAUCAAAACUAAACGUUGAUGAAGCUCCAGUCAGUAAAACCGAGAUUGAAACCGAGAAAAAGCCAGAAGUGGCUCCCAAAAAGAAAACUGUAGCUCCUGCUAAAAAGGAAGCAAAACCUGAAAUGACGUCUAAAUCGAAACUGGAAGCAAAAAUACCAGAAGGUGAAAAGAAGGGUGAUGGAGGUGUCUGCCGUUGUAUGGAACAUCCGCUGGUGAAGAUUAUCUACAAGAUUCUCCAUGGCGGCCCUGAGGUCCUGCAUUCAGACGAAAUCAUCUAUUUACACAAAAAACUGUGCGCUGAGUGUCGUACGGCUUUGGGUCCGCCAAGAGAUGAAGAGCAAAUAAGGGCUCACAGAAGGAAGCUUCAAAAGGAAAUAACUGAACGGCAAGAAAAGGUGUAUAAAGGAGUUGCACAGCUUGAGGAGAGUGUAAAAGAGGAGAAACUGUUCCUAGAACGACUGUGUCAACAUUUUGCUGAAAAACAGAAACUUGCCAGUGGGCAAAAGAAAAUGGCUUUCCCUUGUCAACGAGUCAUUUCAGCAUGUAUGACAUGUGCUGCCAGAAGAACAGCCUCGGGUACAGCAAUAGGAAGUAAAAAUCAACAGAGGAAGGGACACUGCAACAAGCCAGUAGAUCCAGUAGGAGCAUCAAAAACGACAGUUAGAUGCCCAGGUUGAACCUAAGAAAAUGAGGAACAUCUACACUUCAUCAUCACCUAUUGCUCUGGUCUCCAACGAAAUAUUAAAAAUUGUAUUGUGCUUGUGAUUGUUUGUGAGAACCAAAAGUCCUGUGCUUGUCCUUGGAUUUCAAAGUGUGAUACAUUCUGAGUAAAUAAUUUGCU